UGCUCGGCAGUGUCUCUCUCGGAGGCUUUCUGUUCGGUACCGGGUUUGUGAUGGAGCGCUGGAGGGGCAGAGUGGCUCUGGUGACCGGAGCCUCGGUCGGGAUCGGGGCGGCUGUCUCCAGAGAGCUGGUCCGCCUGGGGAUGAAGGUGAUGGGCUGCGCCAGGGACGUGGAGAAAAUCGAGAAACUGGCAGCAGAGUAUCGGAGUGCCGGCUUAAGCGGCGUUUUGGUGCCUUUUAAGUGCGACUUGACCAAAGAAGAAGAGAUUCUGUCCAUGUUCGCUGCCAUCAAAGCUCAGCACCAAGGUGUGGACGUGUGCAUCAACAACGCUGGCCUGGCCCAUGCGGACCACCUGCUGUCUGGUAAAACCAGCAACUGGAAGAACAUGCUGGAUGUCAACGUUCUUGGACUGAGUAUCUGCACACGUGAAGCGUAUCAGUCGAUGAAGGAGAGAAACAUUGAUGAUGGACACAUAAUUCAAAUCAACAGCAUCUGUGGACAUAUUGUCAUCCCUUCCGGUGACAUACAUUUCUACACCGCCACCAAGUUCGCCGUGACCGCUCUGACCGAAGGUCUGAGGCAGGAGCUGCAUCAAACCAACUCGCAGAUCCGAGCCACCUGCAUUUCUCCAGGUCGAGUGGACACAGAAUUCGCUUCCCGGUUCUAUGCAGACACCCCUGAAAAAGCUGCUGCCAUGUCCACUGAGUUCAAGGGUCUGGAAGCUGUCGAUAUUGUUAACGCGGUGGUGUACGUCCUGGGAGCUCCUCCCCAUGUGCAGAUCGGAGAUAUUGUGAUGCGACCUGUGAGGCAGCCAUUCUGAACCUGCACCAUGUGACGCCUCUUUUAACCUGUUGAGAGACAAACCUUUGAUAUGUCUUCUCAUAUUAAAAAAAUAACUAUAUCUCAUCAAGAAAUGCAAGUUUUACUUUUAUAAAACAAUAAAACCAGUA